AUGUGCUCCACUGAUUCUGGAGGCAUGCGGCACAAUCGCUUGGGCGUGUUGGACAAGUAUGCACACGUGCUUCUUGGCGUUGGCGAAGAAGACACGUGCCACGGACUGGUGGAGGUGGCCAUGAACGCGACCGCGCCCUCCGACACCAUGGCACCUUCAAGUCCGGAGCUCUUGCGGGGCACCACCGCGGACCCCUUGAAAGAUUGGAUCACCAUCGGCUUCCCCCACUUAGCACAAGACAGUGGCCAGUGGUUCUUUGAGGUCCAUUUGCAUGAGGACUGUGCAGCGCCUCAAGUGGGCCUUCUAAGCAGCCAGUUUCAGAGACUACCGGGCACCAAGAGCAGCCAAGGCGUGGGGGACGACCAGCAUGGCUGGGCGGCAGACGGCUUGAGCGCCUCCCGCUGGCAUGGUGGCAGCGGCCUGGCCAUCGACCAGAGGGACUGGCUGGAGCCGCGCCAGCCCGGACUGGUUGGAGAAGGAUUUGUCUUUAAGGAGUUGGUUUCCAAUCAACGAAUGGCUUGCUCAAAGGCUGCAGUCUAA